AUGGACAGAUACGUCUUGCGCAGGCCCCGGACCCAUGCGUCGGCAACGGAAGCAAAUGCUCCUUGUUGUCAGAGACUUUUCACAAAACCUAACAAUCACACCCCUCUCAUUCACCGCAUAGCCAAAUCAUACGAGUUGGAAUUUCCCUCCCACCAGAAAACCACGGACCACAUUGGAGAUGCAACACGAAGCAAAUCAAGAUGGCAAGCUCUAGGCGGCGGCAACGAGAAUCACUCGUUUGGCGGUACCUUGGUUGCCACAACCGUGAACCGCAUCCCUGAUGAGACGUAUGACGAAUACAGUCGAACCUUUCACAUGGUCUUGCUUGACCCCAGCUAUCAAGUGUACACUAGUCCCACAGGACAUGGUUCGGUGAUGUACAAGAUUGAGAACGAAACAAUGGUCGUUGUUGGCGAUCCAAUGUGCGGCAAGGAUGACCUUGGCUCUCUCCUGGAGGAGAUUGAAAAAUUCCGAAACUUGCGACAUCCAACCAAACUGAAGCUGGCGUUUAUGGGUGUCGGCCAGUCUUUUAUACAAUACGCCGACACCAAGGGCUGGGACUACAUUGAGUUUGGCAGCGAACGAGUGGUCAACCCCAUGCGCAAUGCCGUGUUAGAGAACCAAGCUGGGAAGCGCAUGUUGACGCAAUGCCAGCAUCUUCUAGAUCCAAAGCAGGGGCUAAAGAUGGGCUUCUACGCACCGAGUAUUUCCGGCAUCAACUCACAUCUGGAACAGCAACUGGAGCAGCUAUACGACGACUGGCGGGAUGCAAAGGGGGCUAAAAAAUCCGGAGAUGCCCAAGCAUUUAUAACCGCGUAUGACAUCUUUUCGUACCGAAGAAAAACGGCGUUUCUCUACAUAUCAGACUCCGAGGGCGAAAUUGCCGGAAUGGCAAUGCUGCGUCAGCUGGGAGCCGAGUCUGGAUUCUACGUGGACCCGUGUAUUGCUUCGGGGUCUGCUCCCAAAGGAGUCACUGAACUCCUCAUGGUGUCCGGCAUGAGACUGCUGCGACGUGCCGAAAUACCAUAUCUCAGCUUGGGCGUGGAACCCUUUGCUGAUCUGGCAACAAGAGGGUUCCUCGCCCGAGCAGCGCGCUCCUUGUACAAGAUAUUCACAGACCGCGCGUCUGUUACUGGCAAGAAGGCGUACAACGACAAGUUUCGCCCCGACCCUGUUCUCGAGUCAAGCCUUUACGUCGUCUUUCCCAAGGGCAAGAAAAAGGCUCUCUUGCCUAAUUUUCCCAUUCGAGAGGCCUGGGCAAUAAUGCAAGUUGCACACAUUCAAGCAGAUGAUGGUUUGAAAAAGCCAGCAUGCCCCCAACACCCGCAUAUCCCGGCCGCAAACGAUCUGGCUCAUGAAGAAAGGGAAGGGGUUCCUCGUAGGUUUUGGGACAAAGCGCUAGUAGUAUAA